AUGGAUUUAAUAUUGAGAAGUGGGAACAAAGAAAGUUCAUCUACCUCUCUCUCUCUCUCUCUCUCUCAUUUCUGUUCCUUCUUUGUUUUCUCUAUUUUUAAGCAUUUUCAUAUUUUUCUUUCUCUUCUUGUUUUGUUUUUUCUCUUCUUUCUUUUCUUAUUCUGUUGCUUUUACUGUUCACCAUUUUCUUUCUAUUUUAUCGGAGUUUUAUCAUUUUUUCUUUCUGAUCUCAUUUUUCUUUUGUUUUCUUUCUUGCUUUAUACUUUUUUCAUCUUUUCUUUCUUUUUCCAUUUUCCUUUUGUUUUCUUUCUGGCUUUAUUCUUUUUUUCAUCUUUUCUAUCUUUUUCCUUUUGUUUUCUUUCUGGCUUUAUUCUUCUUUUCAUCUUUUCUUUCUUUUUCCAUUUUCCUUUUGUUUUCUUUCUGGCUUUAUUCUUUUUUCCAUCUUUUCUUUCUUUUUUCCAUUUUCUUUUUUUUUCUUUCUGGCUUUAUUCAUCUUUUCAUUUCUGGCUUUUUUCUUUUUUUUCAUCUUUUCUUUCUUUUUUCCAUUUUCCUUUUGUUUUCUUUCUGGCAUAUUCUUUUUUUCCAUCUUUUCUUUCUUUUUCCAUUUUCCUUUUGUUUUUUUUUACUGGCUUUAUUCUUUUUUUCAUUUUUUCUUUCUUUUUCCAUUUUUUGUUUUCUUUCUGCCUUUUAUUCUUUUUUUCAUCUUUUCUUUUUUUUUUUCCAUUUUUUUUUUUCUUUCUGGCUUUAUUCUUUUUUUCCAUCUUUUCUUUCUUUUUCCAUUUUCCUUUUUUUUUUUCUGGCAUAAUUCUUUUUUCCAUCUUUUCUUUCUUUUUCCAUUUUCCUUUUUUUUUUUUUUUCUGCCUUUAUUCUUUUUUUCAUCUUUUCUUUCUUUUUCCAUUUUCCUUUUUUUUCUUUCUUUUUUUUCUUUAUUCCUUUUUUUCAUCUUUUUUUCUUUCUUUUUUCCAUUUUUCCUUUUUUUUUUUUUUUCUGGCAUAA